GGAUCGCCGAACACCACUCUGCAGAUCCACGCAAUGUGCAUGAGCUUGGGCUACUUCCUGUUCGACCUGGGCUGGUGUGUCUACUUCCAGGCUGAAGGGGCGCUGAUGCUCGCCCAUCACACUGUGAGCAUUGCCGGGAUCACCGUGUCUCUGUUCUCGGGUGAGUCAGGAGCGGAGGUCAACGCCGUCCUCUUUGGCAGCGAGAUCACCAAUCCGCUCUUGCAGGCCCGGUGGUUCCUGCGGGAGAAAGGGCUCUACCACAGCUUCACGGGGGACGUGGUGGACUUCUUCUUCAUAGUGCUCUUUACAGGAGUGCGCAUCGGGGUCGGGGCCUGGCUGAUGUACUGUGUGGUGAUGUCCCCCGUGCCCAAGUGGUUCAUCAAAAUCGGAGGCGUGAUCAUGUACGCCGUCUCCUGGGUCUUCAUGGUUAGCAUCUGCCGGUUUGCCCGGCGAAAAACCAUCAAGAAAUAUCACGCCUGGAGGAGUCGGUUCAGCCGGGAGAUGAACUCGAACGCCAAUGGGCACCUGAAAAGCCAUUGA